AUCCAUUAAUACCCAGCCCAUACCUUCUACCAGAUUCAUUUAUACCCAGCCCAUACCUUCUACCAGAUUCAUUUAUACCCAAAAUAUACCCCUACCAGAUCAAUUUAUAGCCAGCCCAUACCUUCUACCUGAUCCAUUUAUACCCAGCCCAUACCUUCUACCAGAUCCAUUUAAACUCAGCCCAUACCUUCUACCUGAUCCAUUUAUACCCAGCCCAUACCUUCUACCAGAUCCAUUUAUACCCAGCCCAUACCUUCUACCUGAUCCAUUUAUACCCAGCCCAUACCUUCUACCUGAUCCAUUUAUACCCAGCCCAUACCUUCUACCAGAUCCAUUUAAACUCAGCCCAUACCUUCUACCUGAUCCAUUUAUACCCAGCCCAUACCUUCUACCUGAUCCAUUUAAACUCAGCCCAUACCUUCUACCUGAUCCAUUUAUACCCAGCCCAUACCUUCUACCUGAUCCAUUUAUACCCAGCCCAUACCUUCUACCUGAUCCAUUUAUACUCAGCCCAUACCUUCUACCAAAUCCAUUUAUACCCAGCCCAUACCCUCUACCAGAUCCACUUAUACCCAGCCCAUAUUUCCUACCAGAUCCAUUUAUACUCAGCCCAUACCCCCUACCAGAUCCAUUUAUACCCAGCCCAUACCCUAAACCAGAUCCAUUUAUACCCAGCCCAUACCUCCUACCAGAUCCUAAUAUACCCAGCCCAUACCUUCUACCAUGA